UUGGGACAGUUGUUUUGCAGAAAUAAUUCUGUUUGUUUGUUUUCGCUAAGUGGUUUGUUUGUUACAAUUUCUAUAUUGACUACGAAUAUAAAAAAACUCAACUCCACUAAUUUAACAACCAUAAUUAAUAAUACAAUGAGUACUCGACGCAGAAAGCUAAAUCAAGAUGAGGAUGCCGCGGUAGUGCCCAAAGGUAAAGAAAAUGUUUUACUGGAUGAUAAUCCGCCCAAACGAUGCAGUGCGCGCUUGACACGAAAUACACGCUCAAUGGCCGAGGAUGAAAUCGCUAUACCAGAAGAAAUAGAAAUUAAAAGAAAACUUCCAUUUAUAAAUUUUAAAGGCUCCAUCCAUUAUUAUACGCAAGGUCAUGAAAUAGCUGAAGCUUCUGAUUUGAUUAUGCAGUGGGUAGAAAAGCAAGUACACGUUGACUUAGUGCCCAUGGCUUUUGACAUGGAAUGGCCUUUCUCAUUUCAAACUGGACCUGGUAAAUCUGCUGUCAUACAAAUUUGCGUGGAGGAGCAUAGUUGUUAUGUAUUCCAAUUGACCAAUUUGAACCGCCUGCCAGCUGCGCUGAUGGCUUUGCUGAAGCAUCCCAAAGUUCGUUUGCAUGGCGUUAAUAUAAAAAAUGACUUUCGUAAGCUGGCUCGUGAUUUUCCAGAAGUGAAUGCAGAGCAUCUUAUUGAGAAGUGUGUUGACUUGGGGGUUUGGUGUAAUCAGGUGUGUCAAACUGGCGGACGCUGGAGUCUGGAGCGUUUAGCAAAUUUCAUUGUUGAACAAGCUGUGGACAAGAAUAAAAAAGUUCGCAUGAGUAAAUGGCAUGUUGUUCCACUCGACCAAAAUCAAUUAUUGUACGCAGCCAUUGAUGUCUAUAUUGGUCAAGUUAUUUACCGAGAGCUGGAGAAACGUGAGCAGAUCAAAAUGAAAAACGAAAUAGAAUUCAAAGAAAGGAAUGGCGAAGCAGCUUUCAAAGCCAUUAAGGCUCUAGGCGAAACAUUUUUAAAUAAAACAGAAGAGUUGACAAAAUCGGAAACUGCAAAGGAAGAUGUUAAAACAAUCGAAUAAUAAUAUUUUUUGUAGUUAGAUUUAAAGAAACAGCAUUUAUGAAAUUUUAAUAUAUAUACAUUAAGACUAUUGAGCGAUGAAAUUAUAUUGUCUAGUUCUUUUUUGAUUAUCUAUCGCUCAUGAAUAUUUAACUACUAGUGUUAUAAACUAAAUAAAAAAUGUACUUUGCCAGCAAUGUUUAAAUGACCAAAAUA